GCCGAGCGCGCAGACAUGGUGGAGUUGGGCCGAGUGCUGGUGAGCGACCCCGGUGGUCUGCUGCCCGAAGGCUUCUGGGCCGCCGUGACAGUGUGGCUGGAGAAGCCACAGGUGGCCAACAAGCGGCUGUGCGGCGCCCGCACGGAAGCCCGCGGGAGUGUUUCUCGGCCCCGGGACCAGGCGGAGUGCGAACCACGGCGGGGACAGAGGCCGGGGCUGGAAGGGCAUGACACCGGGAAACCCGGACACGCCUCUCCCGAAGGAGAGCCGGGUUUGGGACCUAGGGCGGGCCGCGAAGGCGACGGCCCCGCCACUGACCUGGACUCGUUGUGGGACCUAGUCUCCCAAAGCCUCAUCCACGACAACCCGGAAAUGCUGGCCUUCCUCUCUGGCCCCUCUUUGGGUUCUAAUCGUGGAGCCGCGCAGGAGCUCGAUCUGGUUCUCAGAACCGUCAUCCCGAAAGCGAGUCCCCACUUCCCCUUUACAGAGCCGAAGAAAGAACUGGUGGUGCAAGAUGUCUCCAAUGGGAGUGUCACCUUUUUGCCCUUGGAUGAAGAUGAUGAGGGGGAUUUGGAGGUUAAGAUAAGCAACAUUUAUCAGCUCCGUCUCCAUCACUGUGAAGGAGAAUGGUUCAUAUCUGUUUUAAUUUUCUGUCCAGAGAGGUGGCAUUCAGAUGGUGUUGUCUAUCCCAAGCCUGCCUGGCUUGGAGAAGAACUGCUGUCCAAGCUGGCUAGGUGGGCCGUGGAGAACAGGAAGAGCGAGUUCAAAAGCACACUUUCCCUGGUGUCUGUCCUGCGCUAUAGCAGGGUGUACCAGGAGCUCAAAGAGAAGUACAGAGACAUGGUAAAGGUGUGGCCUGAAGUAACAGAUCCUGAAAAGUUUGUGUAUGAAGAUGUGGCCAUCGCUACGUACCUGCUGAUCCUAUGGGAAGAGGAAAGGGCCGAGAAGGGAGUCACCACCAAGCAGUCCUUCGUGGACUUGGGUUGUGGAAAUGGCCUCCUGGUUCACAUCUUGAGCAACGAGGGGCAUCCAGGCAGAGGGAUUGAUGUCCGAAGAAGAAAAAUCUGGGACAUGUAUGGACCCCAAACUCAGCUAGAGGAAGGUUCUAUCACCCCGAGUGACAAGACCCUGUUCCCUGGUGUUGAUUGGCUGAUUGGCAACCAUUCUGAUGAGCUCACCCCCUGGGUUCCUGUCAUUGCAGCCAGGUCUUCCUACACCUGCAGGUUCUUUGUCCUGCCCUGCUGUUUCUUUGACUUUGUGGGGAGAUACCGGCGGCGGCAGAGCAGGAAGACACAAUACCGCGAGUACCUGGAUUUUGUGCUGGAGGUGGGGCUCUCCUGUGGCUUCCACGUGCAGGAGGACUGUCUCAGGAUUCCUUCUACCAAGCGGGUCUGCUUUGUUGGGAAAUCCAGAACAUACCCGCCUUCUGCAGAGGUCUGGAUGGAUGCGCAGAGAACAGAGUAUCUGCAGAGCAGACAGGGCCACUCACAGAGCCCGCCUAGUGAGGGACGUGCACCUUCUACAGCCCAGACUGCUGCUCAGGAUGCUGCUCACCGACACCAUCACAGGACCUCUGCUGCUGGGCCUGAGUGCACGCCUGAGGGACUGGCUGCUGAGCAAGGAGCAGAAGCCGCAGCCACAGGGCUCUGGGUCCCUGGAUUCUACCCUAGAGAAAAAGCUGACCGUGUGCGGAAUUGCGCUGCCCUCCCUCGAGACUUCAUUGAUCAAGUGGUGUUACAAGUGGCAAAUUUGUUGUUAAACGGGAAGGAGUUAAACACAGGAAACCCUGAGGACAGGAGUCUGAAGACCUGGAACGGAGGAGGGAGCCUUUCCCUAGCAGAAGUGGCUGCGGAACUGAACCCAGAGACGCUGCGGAGGCUGAAGCGGGAGUGUGGAGGCCUACAGACCCUGCUCAGGAAUAGCCACCAGGUGUUUGAAGUUCUGAAUGGGCGAGUUCACAUCCGGGACUGGCGGCGAGAGCUGCAGAGGGAAAAGCCUCCGGAAGCCAAGCGGAGCCUUUCUGCAGAGGUGUUUAAGACUCGUAUCUGCUGGUUCUUCACUCACCAUCCUGAUGGCUGCGUACUGCCUGCUGCCCGUUGCCCCUUUGCCCAUGGGCCUGAAGAGCUGCGCCUGUCCCAGACCUCAAAGAAACAGAGGCAGGCUCCUGAGUCACUUCUCAGUGAUCUCUAGCUGUUGCCUCUGUGGCACUCCUGCCUGUUUCCCUUGCCCUGAUGACGCCAUGUUUGGCUGGGUUGGCUUCAGUGACUUGUUGGUGUGCAUAGCCACUAUCAGUCACUGGCACAUGUCUCCAGACUGUGGAGCCUGCUCAGCCCUUCUGGGUCUGCCGUGAUGCCAGAGCCACCAUGUCAGCCUCUACAGACAUGAGCUUCUCAUUCUCAGGGCUGUGUGCCACAGGUUUCCUCUGCCCGGAGCUCGCUGCAGGCUGGUCACAGGAUCCUGCAAACAGAGGCACAAGGCUUUCUGGUGAUUAUCAGAGCCCUAGAGAGAACAGCUUCCAGAGUCACACCCGGACACCCUGUGAUCGAGGCAUG